UUUGCAAUUUUUACAACAAUUGAAAAUGUUACCAGGACAUUUAAAACACUUGCUAAAACUUCGGGAGGUUAAAAAAUUCGCUAGGAUCCACAGCUUCUCAAAUAUUUCUGAAGCUAAUGCCAAGGAAUCAUUGGGGAAACGGACUAGAGUGCAGGGAUGGGUUCGGGCAGUUCGUAAAAUGAAGGACAACAUUUUUCUGGAUAUAAAUGAUGGAUCCACCAGUCAACACCUACAAAUCGUUCUGAACAGAGACUUGAAGCCAGAAAAUUUGUGCUAUGGAAGUAGUGUCAGUGUAAUCGGUGAAAUAUCGAGUGCUCCAAAUGGUAGAGCAGAAGUAAGAGCGGAAAAUAUUGAAGUUCUCGGUUCCUGUGAUCUGGAUAGUUAUCCUUUCUUACCGAGGAAGCAAUAUACACAAGAGUACAUUAGAGAGCAUUUACAUUUGAGACCCAGAACACGACAAUUCUCGAGUGUUCUGAGGCUAAGGGAUUUGGCAACGUCAGCUGUAGGUGAGCACAUGAGAAAACGAGGUUUUGUGAAUAUCCAUACACCAAUUUUGACUUCUAAUGAUUGUGAGGGGGCUGGGGAGAUAUUCACAGUUAUGCCAAAUAGCAAUGCAUUAAUCGAAAGUAUGAAGAAAGAAGAUAAUAGUCGGGAGGAGACGUAUUUUAAUACUAAAACAUUUUUGACGGUCUCGGGGCAGUUGCAUUUGGAGAUACUCGCAAGGGCUUUGUCACGGGUGUACACGUUUGGGCCGACGUUUAGGGCUGAGAAUUCCAAGUCACGGUUGCAUCUCUCUGAGUUCUACAUGAUUGAAGCUGAAAUGGCAUUCGUGGAUGACAUAGAGGACAUAGCAGCUGAAGCCGAACUGCUUGUUAAAGGAAUCACUUCUACAUUGUUCGAGAGGGGUACAAUAGAUGCCCAAAAUCUUGGUGCUGUUCCUCCCGUGUGGCUGGAUAAACCUUUCGGAGUUUUCAGUUAUGAUGAGGCUUUUGAUAUACUAGAGAGGCACUCGGAUAAAUUUUCGGUGGGUGUAAAACGAGGAGAGGCUCUCUCAAAAGAGCACGAGUUGUUUCUCGUGGAAUUCAAUGGAGGAAUACCCGUGUUUAUUCUCAACUGGCCGAAGAACAUCAAACCGUUUUACAUGAAGGAAUGUAAGGACGAUGAUACAAAGGUCGCCGCAAUGGAUCUUCUAGCACCACAGGUUGGUGAGCUUUUUGGUGGAAGUCUUCGUGAAGAUAAUUUCGAAAAAUUAGAAGCAAAAAUUCCAUCCACCGCUGAUAUCACGUGGUAUUUGGAUCUUAGGAAAUAUGGGAAUGUACCCACUGGUGGAUAUGGAAUGGGUUUUGAGAGAUAUCUACAAGCGGUACUCGGCAUUGCAAACAUUAAAGAUGUGAUACCCUUCCCCAGGUGGCCACAUAACUGCAGCCUUUGAAAUUAAUUAGCUUAAGGCAUCGUCUAUGAUUACACACAUGUGUUUUUAUGUGGAUGAUAUUUAUUUUGUACCGUUAUUAGGGGUAAAUACAAUGCAAAUGCAAAUGGAGUGCAA